AUGGAAAAGAUGCUUGCGGAGUUGCGCGCAGAGCCAACAUCGACAUCGAUCAACGUGCCCACCCACUUGGAUCGGGAUGUUUCCUUUUCGUUCCCGAUCGACGCAGGUGUCACAUACGCAACGGACAGAUAUCAAGCAAUUCUAGCUGCCAUGGAACGCCAGAUGGAAUUCGCCAUGCUGGAAAGGAACCGGGCAGACAUUGGCGAGGACGAGGAGUGGGAGACAAUUUGUGGUCAGCCUGAUCUUUUCCACCGUAGGGUUCUCAACGCCAUAGAACCCAAGGCAAACGCUUCGGCUCAGCAUGGAAAUGGAUCUUGGCCUUCCCACCAUGAAUUCAACAAGGCUCUGCUUUCACAAAAUGCGAUUGAAACCCCACUGAAAAGAGCUUCCACUUGA